AUAUUAUUUUAUUACGUAUUUCAAAGAGAAAUGUGAUUAUUUUUAUUUAAAUGUUUGGAUGGCAGAACCUUCGUUGACGUUUUGUGUAAUGAUUUUUUUAAAUGAAAUUAUGUAAUAUUGAGCUUAUUACGUUUGUGUUUUUAACAUACUAGUUACAGCCUGGCAGUGCGAGAGCGCCUAUUAAAUUAUUUGUGUAUAUUAAUGCCGUGUUUUUGAAUAAUUGAUGAAGAUAUUGUGUGUUGCUACGAAGAAAAUUUCUGCGUUUUAGACCCUUCUGCGCACAAAAUGCCCGCUGUUCAAAAGAUUACCAAAUGUAUUUUUAAUUUGCGGGCAUGCGUUCAUGUGUGAAGUGCUUUAUUAGGGAUUAAGAUCGUGUAUAUUUAUAAGUUUAAUAACAGUCUUUGUUAGGUUGCUCAAAGAAAUAAGCAAAUAUAUAGUUUAUAUAAGAUAUGUGCAUAUUUUGGUGUUGGUGUUUAUUUUUCUGAAGAAAACGUUUUUAAAGAGUGCUGAGAGCUUCAGAAAAAGAGUAACGCAUUUUUAAAAGUAAAGUUUUGGAUUUUAGAAUUGUGAUUUUGUUAUUUUUCAAAACUCAGGACUGAAAAAAAAAAUAAACAUUACAUUUUUAUAGUUGUUUUGAACUCGUGGGAUUUUUAACUAAGUCUAGGCUACAUUCACGAUAACAUGCAAACGGCAUAUAAAUAGCACAUAUGCACACACACACACACACACACACACGCAUGCAGAGCAGUUUGAAUCAUUCAAAUUUUUUCAGUAUAUACGCCUGUCUAAAUUUUCAGAGUGAAAAUUUGAAUUUUGUUAUAUUAUUUACGGCAGCAGUUGUUCACCUAAUUCCAAGUGUUUGAUUCCACUAUUUUGGUUUUAGUGUUAAGGAAUAAUAAGGUACCAAAAAUUCAGAGCAAAUAAGUACAUAUGCAAAGUAGUUUUACUAUUUAUCUUUUGAAUGCACAUAUCAAAACAACUGUCACUACUGAAGUAGCAUACACAGUGGCCGGGGGCCAGCACAGAGAAAAGUUAGAAGUUCGUCAGUUUGUGCACAGUGUGCGUUCGGUUUUUCUCUGUGCAUGAUGUAUUUUUACAGUGUAGCAGCUGCUAUCUGUGUGUUCAUUUAACUUAAGUGUAUCUGUGCUGUACGUAUGCUGUUGCGAAACUAGCUGAGCUGUUAAGCAGCAUUGAGGUAUUGAUCUCUUUGGGAAUAGGUUAUGCUGCGUAAGGGUCCUACAUAGACAGCAUAGAAGUUUCAACUUGAACAAUCUUAACAUGUUGAUGAAAGUUUGUGGGACUCAGUUGUGUGGUACUGAUAGUUUGCUUCUUUGACUAAAGAUAACUUUGUAUACUGUUAAUUUAAACUCCUUAAUAGAACUCUGGCCAUAAACAAAAUUAAAAAAAAAUCAAGUUCACAUUAUAUUGGUCACAGUGAGAGACUUAAUAGUGUGGUAACAACUAGUAAUGAGAGAGUGAAUUUUGGAGCGAUAGUAGCAGGUGUGGUACAAGUAGUACUUGAAAAUUACUUUCGUAAUGAAACAAGCAUGCAAAUGUAUUCCCGCGCAUGUUGCUGUCGUUCCCCGUGUCGGAAGCCUCGGCAGCCGGCUGACGGGGGCGGGGCGGGGGGCCCCCCUUGCGCAGAGUGGAAGCGAGAGAAGCGGAAGCGGCUGCGCGUCGCGGGCAAGUCGUACAUCAACAGCAAGGGCGACCUGGUGCAGGAGCGGAAGAUCGGGGAGGACUGCCGGUGCCGGCGCAAGUGCUACACGGUCGUGUCGGAGGAGCACCGCCACAAGCUGUUCGACGGCUACUACUCCCUCAACUCGCACGACGAGCAGAACGCGUACCUGUUCGGGCUCAUCCGCAAGCACGACAUCGCCCGCAAGCGGCACAAGGAUUCGGACAGGCGAACAUGUUCGUACAAGUACUUUGUGCGGAUACGCGGCAAGGAGGUGCAGAUCUGCCGGCUGGCGUUCGCGCACAUCCACGGCAUCUCCCCUCACAAGAUCCGCAUCCUGUGCCAGAAGCAGGACCAGAACAUCAUGUUCCCGCGGGACGGGCGGGGCCGGCACGAGAACCGGCCGCGCAAGAUCUCGGAGGAGACGCUGCAGCAAGUCCGCAGCCACAUAUACUCCAUCAUCAGGUCUGACCGGGUGCGGGAGUUCCUGAAGGAGGAGAAGCACAACGGGCCGGACCUGAACAUCACCAAGAUGUGGAAGGACUACCUGGAGAAGCACGACCCCAACUUCUACAGCCUGCAGUUCACCAGCGAGAAGCCCCACCACCACGCCCACCCCCCGCACCACCACCACCACCUGCAGCUGCAGACGCAGGCACAGACGCAGUACCAGCAGCAGCAGCAGCAGCAGCAGCAGCAGCAACAGGGCUUCGCCGCUGGGCACCAGUCCCAGCACCUGGGCCACCACAUGCACCAGCACCACACGCACCAGCACCACGCCGUGGCCUACCCCGACCUCGCCCAGUACCAGACCAUGCAGGUCAUGGCCACCAGCCUGGGCCUCGUGGACCACCAGCAGCAGACCCAUUACGGGACCCACGCUGUCCACAACCACAACCCCCACCCCGGGCCCCGGGAAGCGGACGGUCAGCAGCAGCAGCAGCAGCAGCAGCAACAGCAGCCACCCCCGCCCCCACCACCACCCCCGCCUCCGCCUCCCCCGCCGCCGCUCCAAGUGAAGCUGGAGAAGACCAAGGGGCCCAAGCCCAUCGUGAAGCACUGGCUCUACAGCAAGACGUUCCACGACGAGUUCAAGUUCCAGGACUUCCUGUCGCUCAAGAAGAAGCUGUGGAUGCUGAAGGAGGAGAAGACGGCGGCCAACGCGCAGAUCAAGACGGAGCGCAAGCAGAAGUCGCCCAAGAAGAUCUCGCGCGAGCGGGAGCUGCAGAUGCAGGCGGUGUCGGCGAACACAAACCAGUCGGCGGGAAGCGUAGGCUCGGGGCAACAACAACAGCAACAGCAGCAGCAGCAGCAACAGCAGCAGCAGCAGCAGCAACAACAACAACAACAGCAGCAACGGCAGCAGCAGCAGCAGCAGGUGGCGGCACCCGCGACGACGGACAUGUACAUCCUGCCGGUGGGGCUGCACGAGCUGGCGCAGCUGCCGCAGCAGGCCUCGGACAUGCUGGGCCAGCAGCCGCACCACGCCAUGCAGCUGAACCUGCACACCUUCUCCGCGCAGCAGGGCGUGCUGAGCCCGCUCGUCAGCGCCCAGGCCACCACGGUGGCCGUGCCCGCCCAGGUCGCCACCAUGAGCCUGGCCCAGAACUCCUGCAGCUACAUGAAUGUCAACUCUGCCGCCUUCUACCAGCCUUUUGACUGUUCCGUUAUACAAAUGGUGCCGCAGGCAAGCCUGUGAAAAUAGUCUACCAAAGUUGGCAGGCCGCUGAAAAUUUGCUGAAACAGAGUUGCACCAUCUUUAAUGUGAUCGGAUGCCACGGAUAAAGAUUUGCCUUGGAGCUUUACGAGAUAUUUGACUGUUUUGUUACGUUAUUUGAAAGUAAGUUUUAUAUUAGUAUCAGUCUUAUUUUUAUUGUGAUUUUUGUAUCCACUGUCAAGGCAGCACUGGUGCUCAGUGUAGUCCUUGCAAUUAUUCGAAGAGACUAAUUCUAAGUCUGUGAAGUUUUGAAGUUGGCCAGUUCACAAUAGGCGAACAAUGUAGAUCACAACUAUACUGAAUAUGUUUUGAUUCCUGUAUUUUUUGACUUGCUUAAUGAAAUAGGUUGUGAUAGCUCUCUCGUGUAAGCACAGAUCAAGCAAAGUGCCAUUUGUCAACUGGAUUUUUGCGAGGAAGGGAGCCAUUAAAAAGGUGUUUCAGUUGGAACACCAACUUACUGCAUAAAGAUUUAUUCAACAAAACUCUACAACCACCGCAAAAAUAUUUGCUAUUGUAAAAUAAGUUCAUUGGAAUAAUUUUUAUUUCCAAUGCUUUUAGGAGUUUUUUGUGACACUUUUUUUACCUUGAAUUAUUUCAAUAAAAUCAUUUUAUGACCGUGACAAAUGUGGCUGCGGUUUCAACUAAUUUUUUCAUGUCGAACCUGCGUUUGGUUUAUCAGUAAAAUGCAAACUCAACCUGUAUGUUUUUUUUUAAAUUCUAAUUUUGUUUGUAAUGUUAUAUACAUCUUUACUAAUAAUUCAGUUUAUUUAGGUAGCCUAAAUAGUAGGCCUGUGGAAUGUUAAAAAUUUCAAAUGACAUUUAAACAUUAUGAAUAUUCAUUAGUAUUCAAAAUGCAGUAAAACUGUAGUACAUCCCUGAGUUUGUCAGUUUGUACAGUAAGAAUGUAUACAUUCAUAGUUUGAAUAUUCUAAUGUGCCCGAUAUAAUCGGCCAUAGUUUAUUUUAAUCGUGGACAGUGAACGGCAGAAAGGCUGAAGUUCAAAUAGCGGGUACAAUCUGCAAUCUGGAAAUUUUUUGACAAGUUCAGAACAAGUGAUCAUUAAGAAGGUUACAGUGAAAAAAAACUGAAGUUUAGAAUUUGUUUCAUUGACUUGAUUGUGAUGGCUGUAAAGAGAGAAUGAUAGGGGUCUGAUACUAAUAAUUUGGUACUUGAUUCGAUAUUAUAUAUAAAUCUAAUAUAUAUGUAUAGCUUUUAGUUAUUUGCUAUGAAUAAAUACACCAAGUGGAAAUCAUUGAUACAAAAAAUUAAAUUGAAAAAAAUAUAUAUAAAUAUAUGAUUGGAAAUAAGAUAAUUUGUUUAGAAAUUUUGAUCUUUUUCUAAAACACUUUACGAAUAUUGUUUUUUAUUUGUAACAAAUAAAAUUAAUAAAAUUAAAUUUUAUUACUGACGGUACAAAUCCCAAUUUUCUCGAAUCCAAUUCUCAAAUUUGAAUCCCAAAGAGUAUCUCGAGUAUACCACUUGGAUCCGAAUCUAGGUAUCAAGGGUUGAAAAUAAAAGGGUGUACAAGAAAUGAAAAAUAUUAACUAUGGUGUUGAAACAUUCAACCCUUUAAAUAUCUGUUCCUCAAAAUAAGUUUCCAGAAUCAACACACAUUGUUAUUUUAUUUUUAUAUUACAUGUAAAAACUAUACUAUAGUUGGGAAUGGUGUCAGGAUAGGUAUGAGGAAAUUAAUUGCCCUAGUAAAUUUCAGAGGUUAUUUGUGUGUUAAAUUUUUUAAUGUACAUUAUUUCUUAUAUUAUUUUUCUUCAGAUAUUUUUCCUCAAUUACAUAUUGAAUCCAUUAAAUACUAAGAAUUUUAUGGUAUUCGAGAAUUUGAUUGAUCCGAUCCUUUCAUUUAAUCAAUUAUAUUAAAAAAUAAAUUUUAAACUUGAAAUUUUGCUGGUGGUAUUAAAAAAAUGCAUUGCCAGUUUUUUUUUUAUCUUUCAUCGUACACCUCUCUAUUAUUGUUCCAUGCAUAUUUCUUUUUCAUUUUACUGCAUUUUGGAUACAUUGGAUACAUUGUUGUUUUUAUUUUUUAUGAACUAUUGUUUAUUCAUAAUGAUAGGAUUAUUUUCAACAAAUACAGCAGAUAGUUCUUCAAUGAUAUUGAAUUUACCAAAACAGUGUCAUUAUGACUGAGAUGAACUUUUACAAUAUAAUAAUUUGUAUAAAAAAAAAUGUAAAACUACUGGGAAAAAUUCAAAUAAACCAGCAAGUAUAUGUGCGUUUGAAAAAUGUACCAAUGUUGUUACGUAAAAAUUAGUUACUAACUCCACGCUAAAUAAUUUACAUUAAUUGAAUUAAAUGUAUUAAAAGAUUACAUUUUUGUAUUCAGUAGUGGAGUUUUGAUUAAAUAUGCUAAUUAGUUUCAUUAUUUUUAUUGCGAUUUUGGUGAUUUAUGGUGUAUUUACUUUUUACUUGCGUUUUCGGUGUUAUUUCGGUUUUAUCGCAAUUCACUGUGUAAUCUUGUCCCUAGUAAUUUGAUAUUCAAUUCAAUAUUUGAUUUGAAUAAAAGAAACAGGAUUCGCAGAAGGCGGGAUGGUUCUUCUUUUGGCCGACUGGGCCCCCAGCAACACGACGGUCGUUGCCGAUAUCUUGUCCACCAGCAGUUACGUAAGGAGAUCAUUUACCUGCCUCGCCUCCGAGUUUUGCAGCAUGACACAGAACACCAAUCUGGGCCGGAGGUUGUAAGCGAAGGAAGGCACAGGCUCAUACUAGAUCAGAGUUCCCACAGACAGGAAAACCGGGAGAACUCGGGGAAUUGAAGAAGAUGUCUUUAAAAUACAUGGGGGUGCUUUUUCUUAUGUGCGCGUGUUAUAAGUUAUACUUACUUGACGUAAUAAAAUACUUACUUUGAUUUUGCAGGCAAAUAAUAUAAGUACUGGAGUGAUAUUAUAAAUAUGGUGACAUUGCAAUGAUAUAAAUUCAAUCUUAUUAAAAAAUAAUUUAUAAAUAAAGUAUUUUAGAUUAAUAUAAACAUGUGUAAAAUUAAUUAUUUUAUUUAGUAAAACAGAGAUUAAUUUUAAUUACAUAUUAAAUAUAUUAUUACACUUCAAGAUAUUAUAAACACAAUUUUUAUUACUAAUAUUCACAAUAAAUAAUUUUUUUAACGAUAUUGACUAGUAUUCAUUAACAAUCACGAAGUUAUAUGAUUUAAAGGCACAUAUUAUAUAAUUUUUAUUUGUAUGUAACCUUAUUUUCAUCCUGUCAAAAUUUUGUUGCAUGGUGCUUUUGCAUCGUCAUCAAAAUUUACUCUUCAUUUUGUUUUAAAAAAAAAGUAUCAUUAAUAUUAUUUACUAGCAUCUUAAUGUCUUAAAACUGUAUAUGUAUUUACCAUAAAUUUGUCCACUGUUAAUUAUUUGUAUCUUAAAUUUUUACUUUUCAGACUGGCAUUUAUGGGUUAUGUAGUUUUAAAGAAAGUGUAAACUGUAUACGGUGCAGAAAAUUAUUUCGAAGUCAAUUCUUCGCCGUAUUUUUUUUGAAGUGUGUUUUGUAUGAUGUGUAUUGUUAUAUGUUAGAUUGCCAAAUUCACCAUUGAGGUGUAAAAUAUUUUGGAUGGGUCGGGAAAACUCUAGGAAUUUGGCUGAAGUGAAAGUGUGGCAACCCUGUACAUAGUAAUAAUUUACCAAAAUAGUUCUUCCCCAUCUUCGUUUCUGAAACAGCAGCAUAAGUAUUGCGUGAUGUGCAGACUUCAUGCAACAGUGACAUAACAUGACCUGACAUGUAAUAAGUGUGUUAAGCUCUUGGAAAAUGCUUUCAUUUGACGUCUAAUGCUGGAAGAUGUGGUAACAAGUUAAAAUGUGUUAUCCCGUUUUCCUUAAUUAUUUCAGUUUGAUUUUUUUCUUAAAUUUUAUAUGAACUAAAAUAUAAACUAACAUUUUCACAGGUCUAGUAAAUAGUUAAUUUAGUUUUCAGCAGUUUGUGUAUACCUUUAUUAUUUUGUUUUGAUUAAUGUGUUUUUACACACUUAUUCAAUGUGAAGAAUGUUAUCUUAAAAAUAUAUACAUAUUAAACUAGCUCCUAGAAAAAUAUUACGUAUUUGUAAAGUUUUGUAUGUUGUAGCUACUAUUUUUUUUAAUCAACAGAUAUUGACAAUAGUUUUGAACAUUUACAAUGUGCUGUAUUAAAUGUUAAAUUAAGAAAUAAUUUUUUUAAUAUAAUAUAUAAUUUGCCAAGAGAUGUUUUAAACCAUUAAGGGAAUGUGUAUUAAACUGAAAUUUUUUGUCCUAUUUUCAAAAUUUUGGUAGCAAUUCAUUACAUGUCAAAGUUAUGGCCGAUGGAUGGAUCCAUGUGGUAAUCCACAGGGGUUGUUUGCAAAAGGGGGGGGGGGGGAUAUGUAUUACCACCUCCACCCCAUUUUUUUCCUUGAAGCUGUUAAAAAAAUAUGUGAGAUCUCAUUGAAGGCAGUACCGUAAAACGGUGUGAGUAUAAACAGUAGGGUGAAUAGAAACAGCCUGCUCUUGGAAUCAUUUAGUACAAAUUCAUCAAUGAAAUUCAGUCUUAAUAAUACUGUUAAAUAACUAACAAAACAUAAAUAUUUUAACAAUUGAUUUCACACGAUUCUUUGGGUUGGACUGUUUAUAUUCACCCCGCUUUUUCUAUUAACCUCAUUUUACGGUAUGUUAUCUCUAGGAACAAGAUUAUAUGGUGAAUUGCGAAAAAACCGAAAUAACGCCAAAACGCUAGUUCUAUCAUGUAAUUAAGUAGCAUGCACCCAAAACUUAAUUCGAAUAAAAAAAAGUUAUAAAAAAAAGAAUUUUUAAAUGUUUGAAAUUCAAGGAAUGUCAUUAUUUCCUGACAAAAGAAAUUGAACAAAUUUUCAUGAUUCGAAAAAAAUAAUUUGAUAAAUGAUUGCACUGUAAAAAUACAGCACAUAAAUUUUACUGCUAUUUUGGUGGAGUAAGUAUUAAAACAUAGCUUUUAUAAAAAUAAAGACAGUAACACCAAAAAAUCUUGUCUCUAGUCAGCUUGGGUGCUGCCAAAGGCAGUGAUGCGUGUUGAGAAUGAUAAUGUAACUGUUCCAAACUUGUUGUUUACGUACAUAAUAUGUUCUUUGAGUAAAUAAUUCUCAUGUUAUUUUUUUUUUUUAAUUUUCCACCGGAAAUAAACUCUUGUACCCACUACUGGUGAUUUGUCAGGGUGAUGAGCAUCAUUAUACUAUCACAGUUUUUGUAUAGAUGGAAUAUUAAUGUUCUAUUAUUUUAUAUUUAAAAAUUAACUAAGUUGAGAAAGACUGAAACAGGUGCGCAGUGUAUAUUAUGUGAACAUAUGCUAGAAUGUCAGGCAUGACACAUGCAGCUUUGUUUAUUGAGCCGUUAUCAAUGCCUAUUGACUGAGAAAACAUCGGAUAGAAAUUUCAAAUCAACCUUUGUUGCAGCUGCAAAAUUAUACCACCAAAAGUUUUAUAGCUCAAACAUAUUUUACAGUGAUUGUACCACUCAAGUGCUUUUCAUCAAAUUUAUUUUUUAUGAUUUCAUCAGUGAUAUGAUGCCAUAGUAAACAGAGUGUAAAUUAUUGAAUGUUAAAAAUUGAGCUUCCAUUCAAAAUGAAUUAAAAGUUUCACAUUGUAUAAGUUACUUCCAACAAUAUUUUUAUAUUAUGAAAUAAUUUGUGUUGUAAAUCAAUUUGCCAACAUAUAAGGAUUGUACUUGGUUUUCUGUAACAUCGGACCCUCCAGCUUUUAUGAAUAUGUUAACCAUUUUGACUAUUUUGAAUGUGACUGUUUUAUAUACUGUUGGUAAGGAUGAUUAUUGAUUACAGUAUUGUAUGCAGGAUUUAAAUGUGUGCAAAAUUUCAAGCACUUUUGGCAUGUUAUAUGCAUCCUUUUUUUUUAUGUAUCAUAAAACCAGUUGUAAAAAUUUGUAAAGAAAAAUUCUUUUUUUAAUGUGUAAGCUAUUCACAGGUAGAUAUUGAUUGUCCUGUUUAUGUCAAGAAAUACGUAGCGAACAUUUGUCUAGCGUGUCUUGUGCGAAUAUGAACUUGUUCAAAUGGGGUUACGAAUUGCCCCGGUGGCGGUGUGUUGUUUAGUGUACGAAGAGUUUGUCAUCGGAGACAUUCAAUAUGAACUUGUACAUACAGCAAUGUGCAGUUUUAUAAACUUGUGGUUGCUGAUUGAAUCACAGUCUGUACUAUUCUAUGUACCGAGAAAACAGUUUUUUGUGCCAUCUUUUACAAAUGUGUUGUAGUUGAUAUUUUUUAUGUUGUGGAUUCUGAUGGAGAAAUGUGUUGCAGUUCCCUAGUCUAGAUUUUAGAUACUUAACCACUAGAUGAACUGUCCAUCGUCUUAUGUACUGAUUUCGCAUCAUCAUGUACUAAUGAUUGUGCACGUACUCUAAAUAAAUGCACAGUUAUGAAAUGAAUUUAGUCCCGUGUUUGUAUAGAAAAAAAUAAAUAAUUACGUACUAUUUA